CGUUGCACGCUGUCCCGGAAGUCGGCGCGGAACGGGCGGCGGGUGGAAGCCGGUGCCGGGGCAGGAAUCGCAGCGCCGCCGCCACCGCCUCCUUCGCCCGGGCGGGCUCGCCCUCCAACCUGCGAUGGGCUCCGGGCCCUGAGCGCCCACGGCUGCCUUUCCGCAGCGACUCCGCGCGGCCGCGAUGGAGGCGCCGCCCGCCGGCCGCGUUCCCGCCGAGGGCCCCCCGCCGCCGGCCGUGGCAGAGGUGCGCUGCCCGGGCCCCGGGCCGCUGCGUCUGCUCGAGUGGAGGGUGGCGGCGGGCGCGGCGGUGCGCAUCGGCUCGGUGCUGGCGGUGUGCGAGGCCACCGCCGCCUCCGCGCAGCCCGCCGGGCCCGCCCCUGCCCGCGCCGGUUCCGGGGGCUGCGUGCGCGCGGAGCGCCGUCUGAGGUCGGAGCGAGCCGGCGUGGUGCGGGAGCUGUGUGCGCAGCCGGGCCAGGUGGUGGCCCCCGGGGCGGUUCUGGUGCGAUUGGAAGGAUGUAGCCACCCAGUUGUCAUGAAGGGCUUGUGUGCUGAAUGUGGCCAAGACCUGACCCAGUUGCAGAGUAAGAACGGCAGGCAGCAGGUGCCGCUGUCCACGGCCACCGUGUCGAUGGUGCACAGUGUCCCGGAGCUGAUGGUGAGCUCCGAGCAGGCCGAGAAGCUCGGACGGGAGGACCAGCAGCGACUGCAUCGCAACAGGAAACUGGUGCUCAUGGUGGACUUGGACCAGACCCUGAUCCACACGACAGAGCAGCACUGCCCACAGAUGUCCAACAAAGGCAUAUUCCACUUCCAGCUGGGCCGGGGCGAGCCAAUGCUGCACACCCGCCUGCGUCCGCACUGCAAGGAGUUCCUGGAGAAGAUCGCCCGGCUGUACGAGCUGCACGUCUUCACCUUCGGCAGCCGGCUGUAUGCACACACCAUUGCGGGGUUCUUAGAUCCUGAGAAGAAGCUUUUUUCUCACCGAAUAUUAUCGAGGGACGAAUGUAUUGACCCGUUUUCUAAAACAGGGAAUCUGAGAAAUCUCUUCCCUUGUGGAGACUCAAUGGUUUGCAUCAUCGAUGACCGAGAAGACGUCUGGAAGUUUGCCCCCAACCUGAUCACUGUGAAGAAGUACGUGUACUUCCAGGGCACGGGGGACGUCAACGCCCCGCCUGGGUCCCGGGAGCCUCAGGCCAGGAAGAGAGGUGCCGACAUCCCGGAACAGCCUCCAUCCGUCAGGGACCCCGAGGAAGGAAGGCAGGUGUCUGGGGUUGAGCAGAGCAACGGCCUCGGGAAACCAGCGAGGGAGCUAAACGGAGGUGCUGCUCCACGGGGGGGCUGGCCCUGGCCUGGGCAGGAGGAGGACAGGGGCGCCCGGCCCGCCGCCCGCACCUCUGGGGCCGACGGCAGGGGGCCCCCAUCAUGUGCACAGCAGCGGGGGCGGACACAGCCCGAGAAGCGGCCCAUGUGGGGCCCCACAGGCCCCGACCUGGAGCUGGACGUCCCCAGUGACAGCGGGAGCAGCAGCGAGUCUGAAGGCCGGCCGUCCCCUGCCGCCUCUGACUGCGAGAGCGGGGAGAAGAGGGCCCGGAAGAAGACCAAGGCCCCCCGGGACGCCGGCAAGGGCGGCCCUCCCGGCGCAGCAGCGGACAGGCCUGCGGGUGCCAACCACUGCGGGGAGCCCACGCCCGGUGUCCACCUGGACGGCCAGGAGGAGGGCGAGCGGGACGGCCUCUGCGGGCUGGGCAGCGGCUGUGCUGACAGGAAGGAGGCCGAGACGGAGUCACAGAACAGCGAGCAGUCAGGCAUCACGGUGGGCGAGUCCCUGGACCAGAGCGUGGAGGAGGAGGAGGAGGAGGAGGACGCCGACGACGAUGACCACCUGGUGCACCUGGAGGAGAUCCUGGCCCGUGUGCACUCUGACUACUACGCCAAGUACGACCGCUUCCUCCGCGGGGAGGCUCGGGAGCCCCCUGACAUCCGGAAGAUUGUGCCCGAGCUCAGGAGCAGGGUGCUGGCCGACGUCGCCAUCAUCUUCAGUGGACUGCACCCCACAGACUUCCCGGUGGAGAAGACACGGGAGCACUACCACGCCACGGCGCUCGGCGCGCGCAUCCUCACCCAGCUGGUGCUGGACCCCGACGCCCCCGACAGGGCCACCCACCUGAUCGCGGCGCGGGCUGGCACGGAGAAGGUGCGCCAGGCCCAGGAGUGUGGGCAGCUGCACGUGGUCAACCCCGACUGGCUGUGGAGCUGCCUGGAGCGGUGGGACAAGGUGGAGGAGCAGCUGUUCCCACUGAGAGAUGACCAUGGCAGGGCGCAGAGGGAGGACGGCCCGGCAGCCUUUCCCGACAGGCAGGGCGUGCUUCCCACCACCCUGUUCCACCCGACGCCGGUCCAUCCCAGGGCCCCGCCCGGCCCCGAGGCUCGGGUGUACGACGCCAGCACGGGCAGGCUCAUUCGGAAGGGCGCUGCGGGCCCCGGGCCCCCCGGCUCCCUGCCCGUCCACGCAGAGCUCUCCUCCUUCAGGAAGUCUGCUGGACUGAGGACCUUACACACCACUUGGUGAAGCACCUUAGGACACUGAGGUUUAAACGAGGGUCCGAAGUUCUGUCUUGUUUUCCAUGAGUGGCCAUUGCUGUGAAAUGUGUGUGAUGGACACGUGUCAUCUUGCUUCUGGGUCCCCCUGCUUUCUGGAGCCUGGAGCCCUUCCUGAGAGCCAGCCCAUGUGUGGCAGCCGGUUCCUUCUGCCUUGACUCCUCGGGCCUACGCUGACCUGGCUGCACUGACCGGCGGGGCCCCACCAGAGUGCUCUCUGUGGAUGAGCAGUGACUCCACACCCUCUGGCCACAGCGACGCUGCGAGGCCGCUACGAACCAGGGCUGGUGUGUGCAGAGUGGACAUGGGCGCAGGGCCCCCGGAGGCCAGUGGGUGUCUGCUGGCCCUGCUGCUGGGCUCCACACAUGAGCAGACAGAUGCCCUGUUCGGCCUGUUAGGCCAGUUUGACUUGGACUGCUUGAUUGGUGGUUUGUCCUGUUAUUUUCAAGCAAAGGCAUCGUCACUGAUGAAGCUUCCAUCUUCUCCCAGUGACGGUUAGUCAUUUGAAGAGACACGUGGCGACGUCUGUGCUUCUGUUUACGUGCCCGCGAGUUCCUUCCCGAGAGCGGGGCUGCUGGGCUGAAGGGCACAUGUACCCUUGUCUUUAAUAAACGGGGUCAGUUGUUUUCCAAAAACUCACUAGGGUCUGUGGCCCCACCUGGAGGACCCGGCCCCGCCCUCGCCCUCCGUCCAUUGCUGGCCCCUCACACCCGCCUGCCCGGUGGGGAGUGGAGGCAGACGUCCCCAGCGGUCGUCUCCAGCUGCCGGGGGGCCCCCCACGCACACCGGUCGGUCUUUUGGAUCUCACGUCGGGCGGCUGCUUACAUCCUGGAUGGACUCCCUUUUUCUUACUGGGGUCUGACACCUUGUGGCUGUGUCGUCGGGGAAAUGUUUGUUGUGGGUAGACGAGAGUUCCGAAGAUGACGCCACCCGCCGAGGUGUGGGGGGGCACCUCAUGGCUCUCGCUGAGCCGCCGGGGCUGGGGUUCUCUCUGUAGUCCCGGUUACAGCUGCGGUUUUCACCGUCGGGUCUUCUCGAGGAGUUUCUCACUUUGAGCUCCUCCUGUCCUCCGCCUUCUUUUUAAACGUGUUACAUUGAUCUGGCAUUAUUUCAAGUCCGUGUUUUUUGAGUCAUAGCUUAUCUGAGGCCCCAGGACAGAAUAGACAUUUGGGCGUUUUCUGUCACUGGCACCGAGCGGGUGGCAGGCGGCUGAGGGAAGUCCCAGCCCAGGCCCGUGACGCCACACUCCUGCUGCGGGGACCUUGCCUUCAGGGCAGAAGCGCCUCAGUGCCUGAGGGAGCUCCCGCAGGAGAUUCGGGUUUGGGCUUAUAGCUCUGUAUUUUACUGUCCCUGAGGACAUCGGCACCCGAAACCGAGGCCUGUCGCCCCUUCCUCAGACUCCUCACAUGUGCAGACCUGCGGGUCAGGAUGGUCCAUUUGUCACCACGCAGUGUUCGUCUGUCGUGCAGUCAUUGCUUCACUGAAGCAUUUUAAAUGGGACAUCACGCUUGUUUCUGAGGCUCCUCCGUUUGAAAGUAAACCCGGUGGGUGUGCAGGACACACCUCCAAGGGGGAACCCUCCCCAGGCAGGACUGUGGGUGCUGCCUGCAGGGGCCUUCAGGGACGUGGACCCAGGCCCCUGAGCUCACAGGUUCCGAGUGCGGGGGCCGUGGGUGCAGGCCCUGCUGGCUUACUGCUCCCAGGGUCGCAGCUGAGGAGCCUGCAGCCUUGAGGCUGUCGGGGACACAGGCCACGGUCAGUUAGCCUGCGGGACGGCAGGGAGAGCCUUACCUCCACCCUCACUGGAGUUGCCCUCCUGGUGGAGGAGGGUGUGAGCUCGCACUCAGGGAGGGGCCGGGCCGGGGAACAGGUGGGGAGAGCCAGUCCCGCCACCACUUCUCACACCUUCCACAGCAGGAAACAGUGAUGGUCCAGUGCCGAUGUUAAUUCUCAGCCCGAGCCCGCUUGUACGGUGACCGGCUCUCGCUGCAGGAGUCGCCCGCAGACUGAGGGCACGAGGCCUGAGGUGGAAGGGUUCUGGUCCUGGUGAGAGGGCACUGCUCUGAUUGGAUUGGUCCUCCCGCUGCAGAUGGCCAGGAACUCACACGAGUGGGCACACCAGCCAUGGAUGGUAUCGGCCAGCACCCUGCACGGCGGGGCUUCUCCUACGCCUGAGAGGAGCGAGCCGGCAGAGCCCUUCCUGAGGGCGUGUCUCGUGUGUCCAGUGUGGAUGAAGCCAUGCCCAUGGUGGUGCCCCCAGGGCUCUGAGGCAAGGUUGGGAUUAGAGGCCAUCGGAGCAGACCCCCGAUGGGAGGGUGGAGGGGCCUUAGAGACGGUGUCACUGCGUCGAUGCGCUGGGAGGACAGCAGGCCGGGCGGGAAGGUGGAGCCAUCUCCGCAGAGAAUUGCAACCCGUGAUGACAGGCAGACAGGCGCCCAGACUGACAAGUGCAGGAUCUCAGGGUGACUGGAGAGACGGAAACCAGGCGCGUGAAAGACGACGCGGGAGGAGGAGACCUGGGAUGCGCCCGCACGGGGGUCAGCAGGGAAGGCCCCAGCCGUCAGGACUCCCGGCCACGGGCUGGACGAGGGAGAAACCAGGAUGAGCACGGCGUGGUUCAGCUUUUUAAAGACCAGAGAUGAGAGAAAGCCUGUUUCACGCAUCUGUCCUGUAAUCGUGUGUAUGUUACACGUCAGUGGUGUGUUCAUGCCACGAUACACCGUUAAGUGGUACCACAACGUAUGUUUGUAACGUGUACAAUUAAAGAAUGGAUUUUUAUCUCUUAA